UACAAGAAAAACCACACAACAGCGUUAUCCAUGCCUCGACGCAGACCAGUUGCAUCGAACAAACUAGGCUGCUGUUCGAGCAACAAUUCAUUUAAUUGGAGACGUAAAUACAUGAUAAGCCGCAGAAUCGAGGGCCUAUUUGCUCUGCCCUUGCAGUAGCCUAGGCUGUUCUUGUUCUUUUAAAUAAGCUCUUAGGCCUACCGACAGAGUUGCUGUCUGUUUAUGAAAAUACUAAUAUAUUUUCUCACUGAUUUGUUUUCAUUCACGAUGUGGCUUAUCUGUUUAUUCAAAGUAGCUGUUUAUGGUGGAUAUUUAAUUGCGUCUGCGGAAACUGACAAGAGUUUGGACGAAAAAGGGCAACUUCAGCUGCAGAGGUUGCAACAGCUUGCAGGUCAACCACGUUACGGUGAAUGCUGGUCACAGGCCCUGGAGAAAAUCCAUGCAAGAUGUCGGGAAUUUACGGAUGAGACGCAAAGCAAAAUAGCCCUGGCUUUCACACACUGUCACCUUAGAAGAUCAGACCGACCUUUUCCAGAAUGUCCAGAGGGCAGUGAAGUCCGCUUCUGCACCCGUGACAUGGAUCCUGUUGCUUUCAACACUUACACUGAAUUUUUCACUCAUGCCCAUAGUAUCUGCCACUACUUGCAGAGUGAGCGUUGGCAACAUCAGGCUGAGAGCACCAUUCACAGGCUGACCGAAAGUUCAGCAGGGGUGGCAGAGAAGCUGGCGUACACACAACGCAUGGCAGAGGACCUUAUUCAAAUUCAAAAUGCUGCCAUUAAGUCCCAGGAGACUAUCCUACGCAAUGGAGAAGAACUCAAGACCACGUUACUCAGUUCCACACAAGGUAUGAGGAACAUUUUUGAAGAGAUGAGUUUUUCAGUGCGUGAGCAGCAGGUGGCAUUUGCUGAAAUCUUCAACAGAGUGGCCUUCUUGCAGAGCUUCAUCAUGUCUGAGUCGCACACUCUGAGCUGCGUGCUGUACAACAGUCUGGCGUUCAUCGCUGCUUUCCUCCUCACAUCUGCACAGCGCAUAUCGAGAGCCAGGUUGGUCCUUUUUGGAAUGGUUGCUCUAAAUGUAUACCUAGAAAGACUUAUCUGUAAGACUGUAAUUGAUGGUGACAAUCCUGGAUACCAGCAGAUGGAACAAAUCAGCUAUUUAGUUGCCAUCCUUAGAAAAUCCAUGGUUCUUAUUGGACUGCUGGUUGUGGUGUAUGUUGCUGUGCGGUACCGAGAUGUAAACAGGGAAAGCUUGGAUAUAUUGAACCAGCUUAAGGAAACGCAUUCAAAUCUCCAGCAGGCCUUACAUAAAGCAGAGUGUCUUUCAAAGGCAGUAGGUGGGCAGAGGCACCUUUGGCAAGACGACGUUGGCAGUCCAGUCCAUUCAUGUAAGAGCUCUUCUCAAAACACUGCACUGACCUUGUUAGAGAGCCCGUCCUUGUCUGAUUCGCAUGAAGGAUGGCUGUGUGAGAGUGUUGAUCGCCUAGAUGAGGCCUCUGCCUCUCACAAGUCCAGACGAAGAUCUCAAAGAUCCUGUGACUCUCGCCUCAAACAAUCGUCUGCUCUCGUCUAUAGUGUGAUGGUGGAGGACAAGCAGGACGCCAAACCAUUUGCUUUCCAGCAAAGGUAUAGUCUACGCAGUCGCAAGUCCCUCCCUGCCUCUGAUAUGACCACAGAAAAUGACUGAUGUUCAUGUAAUAUUUUUCUAGCUCACAUUGACUCUUGGAACUGUUAUCAGUUAUAUCAGUUGUUCAUAUUUGAUCUUUGAAAACGGCAAUUUAUUAAACAUGUCUAGUUGUUGUUUUCAGUGUUCAUUUUACACUUUUGACAUUUUUAAGUCUUUAAUAAAUACACCU